AUGGAUCGCAGGAAAAUGGAGAAGUUGCGCUCUCAAGCGAAAGAAAUGCAAAUACGAUAUGCACCGUUACAGGGAAAAAAGGCUACGUUUCACGCGAAUUUACCGCAAGUCAGCAGACGCGCGAGCGCCAUAGAUAACAAAACAUCACGUCCAACAGUCGCCAUGAAGACAGGUGCAUCGCUCAUACCGGAUUUGAAUAAACUAAUUAAUCGUGCGCGCGAAUAUCCCGAUGACCGCUUCGUCUAUUUGACUUAUAUGCUCAGCAAGUCGAGCGAAUACUUCACGCCCUACAGUUUGAUGGAAGUGGAAUAUGCAGACCUACCGAAUAAACAUCAAUACUUCACGAUGAGCCGACAUGGCGUCACCUAUUGGCAUUUGUCCGAGAACUUUUUCACCCCACUCACACAAUGGCAGCAGGAGUUUCAACAGUUUCUGAGCAUCAUUAAGAUACAUAGCUUUGCCGUGUUUCGUGUGUGGAAGGGUUUCAAAGUCUGGGAGAAAACGGUGAAAUGGCGCAAGCAGAAUGACGCGCGCAAUUACUUGAGGGAACAUCUUUUCAUUGCCAUACCACCACUAGCCAAGGCGAUACUACAGUUUCGCGCAGAUAUUGUACAGUUGAACAAGUUGUCCUUUCUCAAUGUCGCAGUUAUUGAAGAAUGGCAUCCGUUCUAUUUUCUGGAGACGCAAAUGCGUGUAUACGAACGCAUGAAAGCGACACUGCGCGAGUUCCACGAUCGCUCAAAGACGAUGUUAUUUGAAGCCUGCACUGCAGCUAUAGUACAGCGCGGUUUCUUUCCGACGGACGAAAUUAAUUUUUUUCCAUCCAUUAAGAAAAUGAAGGAAGCCAUGAAUUUCACGGACCGUGCGAAGAAGCGGAAUUUUUGCAAAAUGCUUUCGAACUUUCUCAGCUAUUGUGACAAUUUAAUGUAUCAUAUGUUGCAUCAACUAACCGCAAAGAGCUUUCGAGCAUUGGUUGAAUCCAUGGCGAUGCAUCACAAAAUCGCACCAACUAUGGAAGAACUGCAAGAAAAUCAAAGACUAGACGAACAAAUCGAAGUUCCACGCCCGGAAAAUAUACCAGCGAAUCCAUUCUUCAUCGCAGAGCUAUAUAUGCUAACGGAUCGUAUUGAUGUGGAUCCCUCCGAAGAGGUACUGAAGCAUAUUUUCCAACGUAUAUCUUCAUUGAUUUUGGAGACAGUUACCGAAAUGGAAAACUACACGGAUGACAAGCUUUUCAACCAAUAUACAGAACCUUCCAUCAUGGGUCGCCAGGAGGAACGCUUAGCAAUUACCGCACCAGAUUUGAACUUCCUCUUGCGUACCGAUGUCCAAUUUCAAACCGAUCGUAAACUUAUAUUCGCUUACAUACGCAAUGCGUAUGAAAAGGCGAUGCUCUAUGCCGAACGUUUCGAAACUAUACGCACCAAUUAUGAGAUAGAUAUGACGACAGAUCCGAAGUUGCUUACAUCGGAGCGAGAUUUGGAUGCAUUGAGGGCUUACUGUAAUCGCUACUGCAAUAAUGUACGCGCUUUGGAUGGCAUAUUAUCGGUUGUUAAUUUGGGGCUCUUAAAGUUGACCCAAUCGAGUUUCAAAGAAACCGUUACGCCGAUCUGUCAUAGCCUAACAAAUGUGCUUGCUACAUAUAUACCAAAGCUAGCCGCCGACGAGGUAGAUCGUAUUACUCAAGAGGCACACGAUGUCAUCAGCCUCAUACGCACCGAACCGGAAACCACUUUGGAAAUUGUCGAACAUAUACGCAUGCUGGAGCGUAUUGAUGAAGACUUUACUAAGCUUUUCGCCGAUAUCGACUAUGCGCAUGAUCUCUUCAUGAUCAUUAAAGAAUUCGAAAUACCAUGCGAUGAUGAGCGGCGCGAAGACUAUAUGGAUUGCGAAGAUCUUGUGAAUAGAGGUAAUGAUAUGCUGAAGGAGGCACAAGGGAAGCGACCCGAGUUCAUAAAACAGUUAGACGAACGCAUGCUAGCCGAUAUUGAGAUAUUGUAUCAUGAGAUACAUGAAAUAGCGCUUUCGGUUCAAGUCCCAGAACUAUUAGAUUUAAAAACCGGCAGUGCCAAAGCAAAGAGCAUGUUGGACGAGUUGUUCAAGCGGCUUAGCGACUGUAAAGAGCGCGCUGAAGAGUAUAUUGGCUAUCAGAAGGAGUUUAAGAUUGACAUAUCGCAAUUUUUCGAAAUGGACAACACAUUCCAAGAAAUCCGUCUACGCAGCAAUUUAUGGCAAUCGCUGGACGAAUGGUUUGCCGCUUUAGACACUUGGGUUGAUACCGAAUUCAAUAACUUAAAUGUGGAAGAUAUGAAUAAUUUGAAUAUGAAAAUAAUCAAAAACUGUCUGCAGUUCGAGAAAUAUUUACCACCAAACAAUAUAGUGCCGAAGAUGAAAAACUCCGCCGAAGAGUUCAGACAAAAGCUGCCAGUUAUUGGUUUCCUACGAAAUCCCAACUUAAAGGCCCGUCAUUGGACCGAUAUAGAGACUGCGCUGAACAUACGCGUAUUUCAAGAAGAGGGCAUACGUAUAUCCACCUACGAGGCGGCUGGCGCCUUCGAACCAGAGAAGGCCGCUAUACUGAUGGAAAUUUCUUCACAGGCUACCGGCGAGUCACAGCUCGAAGCCAUGCUUAAAACUAUUGAAAAUAUUUGGAAGGAAACGGAAUUGGCGAUCGUCAACCAUCACGAUCAAAAAGACGUAUUUAUAUUAGCCGGUACGGAGGAAUUGCAAGUGAUCUUGGACGAUUCGACGGUGAACAUCAACACAAUUGCGGCUUCGAAGUUUGUCGGACCAAUUAAAUCUAAAGUAGAAGAGUGGAUUGAGCUGAUGGAGUUGUUCAAUGAGAUGUUAGAGGUCUGGUUGAAUUGUCAAACAACAUGGAUUUACUUGGAAGCAAUAUUCUCCUCGCCUGAUAUACAACGGCAAUUGCCGCAAGAGGCCAAAAUGUUUUUCACUGUCGACAAGAGCUUCAAAAAUAUUAUGCGUCAUGCGAAGAAGGUUGCACUAGCGCUGCCCGUGAUGACCGAUCGUAAUACCUUUGAUGAAAUCAAUGAAAACAAUCGCUUAUUGGACUUGAUUAGCCGCGGUUUGGAGGCAUAUCUCGAAGUGAAGCGCGUCGUCUUUCCAAGAUUCUACUUCUUAUCCAAUGAUGAACUGCUCGAGAUAUUGGCGCAGACACGUGUGCCACAGGCUGUACAGCCGCAUUUGCGCAAAUGUUUCGACGCUAUAUAUCGGCUGGAGUUCGGUCAGAAGGAGAGCGGUGAUGGUGGCAAAAUGAUACCGACCAAUGAUAUAAUUGCCUUCAUUUCGCCCGAAGGCGAAAAGCUGCUCUUCGGUAAAGGACUCAAAGCACGCGGUGCCGUCGAAGAGUGGCUCAGCAAGGUCGAAGAGGCAAUGUUUAUUGCCGUCAAGCGGUAUAUGCGUUUCGGUUAUCAGUGUUAUCCGGCUAAGGAGCGAGAUGAAUGGUUUCAGGACCAUCCAAAUCAAGUGGUGUUAACUAUAUCCCAGCAACAAUGGGCUGCUGAUGUUCAUUUUAUUUUGGAUAGCCCAAGAGCCGAUCCAUCCGUGAAGCUGAAAAAAAUGAAAGAAUUCGAAAAGAAAUGUUUCAAAAAUUUGGCUGCCUUAGCGGCUCUGACUCGAAAGGACAUAACUUCCUUGCUGCGUAAAGUGCUUUGUGCGCUCAUAACAAUCGAUGUGCAUGCUAAGGAUUCGGUAACACUUUUAAUCGAUAAGGAGGUGACGAAAAACACUGACUUCAACUGGCUGAAGAUGUUGCGCUUCUACUGGAGCUUUGACACCGACAGCGUCUAUACACGCAUGGCAUCUGCCAAUAUACCAUACUACUAUGAAUACUUGGGCGCCGGUGGUGUACUAGUAUUGACACCACUAACAGAUCGCUGUUACCUCUGCUUGAUGGGUGCUUUACAAAUGGACCUGGGUGGUGCACCGGCGGGACCAGCAGGUACGGGCAAAACGGAAACAACUAAGGAUUUAGCCAAAGCUGUGGCCAAACAAUGUGUCGUCUUCAAUUGCUCGGAGGGUCUGGACUAUAAAAUGAUGGGACGCUUCUUCUCUGGUUUGGCGCAAUGUGGCGCUUGGUGUUGCUUUGACGAGUUCAAUCGUAUCGAUAUCGAAGUAUUGUCCGUCAUUGCGCAGCAGUUGAUUACUAUACGAAAUGCCAAAGUAAUAAAUGCCAAACGUUUCAUCUUUGAGGGACGUGAGAUCAAGCUGAACAAAUCUUGCGCCGUUUUCAUCACCAUGAAUCCAGGCUAUGCGGGACGCACAGAGUUGCCCGAUAAUCUAAAAGCGCUCUUCCGUCCCAUGUCGAUGAUGGUGCCGGAUUAUGCGCUCAUCUCUGAGGUUAUUCUGUACUCGGAGGGUUUCGAAUAUCCGAAAAUACUCGCACACAAAAUGGUGCAAAUGUACAAACUAUGUAGCGAGCAGCUCAGUCAGCAGAAUCACUACGAUUUCGGCAUGCGUGCGGUUAAGUCUGUAUUGGUCAUGGCGGGAGCGCUGAAACGUGCCGCGCCCGAUCAACGUGAAGACAUAACACUGAUCGCCGCAUUACGUGACUCGAAUAUACCGAAGUUUUUGGCUGAGGAUGCCGGGCUCUUUCGCGGCAUACUUAGCGAUUUGUUUCCGGGUGUCGAAUUACCGGAUUCAUCACAUCCCGAUUUGGAGGAAGGUAUGAUCGAGGGCCUUAAGUUGAAGAAUCUACAGCCAGUAGCAAUCACGCUGCGUAAAGGCAUACAGUUAUAUGAGACAAUGUGCGUACGCUGGGGUGUCAUGUUGGUGGGGCCGACAGGAGGCGGUAAAACAGCGGUACUCCAUAACCUGGCUUUCGCAUUGAAUUACUUGUAUGAAAAUGAGGUUCCCGGUCCAUACUUUCGGCCAGUGACCAUGCAAACUAUGAACCCAAAAGCGGUACAUAUCAAUGAACUGUAUGGGUAUGUUGAUUCAAAGACGCUCGAAUGGCAAGACGGUUUGCUGGGCUUGGCUGUGCGUACGGCGGUGAAUUGUGAAGAGGAAAUACAUCAGUGGAUCAUAUGCGAUGGUCCCGUCGAUGCAGUUUGGAUUGAGAAUUUAAAUACCGUACUGGACGACAAUAAAAUGUUGUGUCUAGCGAACUCCGAGCGCAUCAAAUUAACCGCCUGGGUACAUAUGGUUUUCGAAGUACAAGAUUUGGCACAAGCCUCGCCUGCUACGGUCUCACGCUGUGGCAUGGUUUAUGUUGAUCCCGAUGAUUUGGGUUGGCUGCCCUUAGUCGAUUCGUGGAAAGCAAGCGAUGUUCAGAGUAAACUGACCGCUGAACAAAUGGAAUUUCUCUACUCGCUCUUUAUCAAGUAUUUCGAUAAGAAAUUGAAAUGGGCCAACAAAUAUGGUACCUAUAUGAUACAUCAGGUCACAAGUGCCAAGGUUUGUCUACUCUGUGAACUGUUGGCUUCAUUAAUCGAACAGAAAAAGUGGACUAAUAGCACGCCGAAUGAGUAUAAACCGUUGCUGAGUAAAAUGUUUGGUUGGUCUGUGUUGUGGGCGGUGGCUUCAAACUUCAAAGACGCCGAAAAGGACAGUUUCGAACGAAAGAUUAGAGAAAUUGUGGCAGAUGAUACGAACUUUGACUUUCCUUCUGGCACACUCUGGGAUUACUAUAUCAGUAUGGAGACUAUGAAGUGGGAAAACUGGAAUGCCAUAAUUGAUACAUUUGUUUUUGAUCCUCAAAUGAAGUAUUUCGAUAUGCAAGUACCAACUGUGGAUACAACCAAGUAUGGCUACGUCUCAGAGUUGCUUUUCAUGCGCAGAUUUCCCGUUAUGUUUACGGGUGACACAGGUGUCGGCAAAUCUGUGCUAGCAAUCUCAGUACUAAAGAAACUUUCAAAAGGCAAUGUGGUACCAGUGCUCCUGAAUUUCUCGGCACAAACGGGUAGCUUGCGUACCCAAGAAAUGGUUGAGGCGCAACUAGAAAAACGUAAGCGUACACAGCUUAGUGCACCCUUCGGUAAAAUGGUGAUCGUUUUCAUAGACGAUGUGAAUAUGCCAAAGUUGGAUACGUACGGCAGUCAACCAGCGAUUGAGCUCUUGAGACAAUUUUUGGAUUUCAAAGGUUUAUAUGAUCGUGAGAAACUCUUUUGGAAGGAGAUAUUGGAUGUGGUACUUGGUUGCGCCUGUGCGCCGCCAGGUGGUGGUCGAAAUCCUCUAACGCCGCGUUAUGUGCGCCACUUUGCGCUCUUCUCACUGCCUAAACCGAAUAAUGACACCUUGACGACUAUAUUCGCUGGCAUACUUACAGGUUUCCUGGACUCCUUCUCAUCUGUCAUACGUCCGCUCUCCAUACCCAUAGUCAACGCUUGUGUCGAUGUUUACUCGAGAAUUGCCAACGAAAUGUUGCCAACUCCGGAUAAAUCACAUUACAUAUUUAACUUGAGAGAUUUAUCGAAGUGUGUGCAGGGCAUUCUACAAGCGAGCAAUACGCAUUAUAAUCAGGAGAUACAAAUUUUACGUCUCUUUUUUCAUGAGACUACACGUGUCUUCCACGAUCGUUUGAUCAACGAUGAAGAUAAGGGCAUAUUUAAUAAUAUAAUGCAUGAAGUUUGUUUGAAACACUUCAAUAAGGAAGUUUUGAAGAAAGACGAACCACCUAUACUCUUCGGCGAUUUUAUGAUAUUCGGUAAGCCCAAAAACGAACGCAUCUAUGAAGAGAUCGGUGAUCAUAAGAAGUUGGAAAGCAUACUCAACGACUACAUUGAGGAUUACAACUCGAUGACGGGCAAGAGUAUGCGCUUGAUACUCUUUCAGGAUGCUUUGGAGCACACUGUGCGUCUAGCGCGUUUGCUGCGCAGUGAUCGCGGUUAUGGUUUGUUGGUUGGCGUGGCUGGUAUGGGUAAGCAGUCGUUGACACGGCUCGCGGCCCAUGUUAAUGAGUAUAAAUGUCUGCAAAUUGAGUUGAAACGCAACUAUGAUAUUAAUGGAUUUCACGAGGAUCUGAGACUCAUCUAUCGUUUUGCGGGCAUUGAAAACAAUCCGGUAGUCUUUCUAAUGAUCGACACACAAAUUGUCGAAGAAGAGUUCUUAGAAGAUAUAAAUAACAUGCUUAACUCGGGUGAGGUGCCGAAUCUCUUUGAGGGCGACGACUAUGAGAAAGUAAUAUUAGAUGCACGCGAAGCUUGUAAUACCGCAAUGGCUGGGGGCUGCAGUCGUGACGAAAUUUAUAAGUUUUUCAUCAAUCGCGUACGCAAUAAUCUACAUGUCGUGCUCUCUAUGAGUCCGGUUGGUGACGCCUUUCGACGACGUUGCCGCAUGUUUCCGUCAUUAGUGAACUGCACUACGAUUGAUUGGUUCUCAAAUUGGCCCACAGAGGCCUUGUAUUCUGUGGCUUUGGGCGUGUUACAAGAUAUUGCGCGAGAUAAAAAGGAUCGUGUCGCCUUGGCUAGCACGACGGUUUUUAUGCACAAAACUGUUGAAGAAGCUUCAGUACGCUUUUACAAGGAAAUGAAGCGACACUAUUACACCACACCAAGCAGCUAUUUGGAACUGCUGAAGCUGUAUCAAAAUUUAUUGAAGGUUAAGUCCGAUGAGAUAAUCGCUAAACGAAAGCGUAUCGCCAAUGGGCUGAAUAAAAUUUUGGCGACCAACGAUAUUAUUGCUGUUAUGCAAAAAGAACUGGAAGUAAUGGUGCCACAAUUAGACGAAAAGUCUGCAAUUAUGAAACAGUUGGUUGAUCGUCUCAACUUCGAUACGAAACAAGCGGAUCAAGUAAAAGAGGCCGUUAUGCGCGAUGAGAAUGUAGCGAAAGAGAAAGCCGCCGUCUGCAAAGUGAUAUCAGACGAUGCCAAUAAAGAUUUGGAAAUCGCGAUGCCGGCCUUGCGUGACGCUGACGAAGCGUUAAAGAACUUGACUAAAGCUGAUAUCAAUGAACUGAAGUCUUUCACCACACCGCCUGCUUUGGUACAGUUCACCAUGGAGGCCGUGUGCAUUUUAUUGGGCUCCAAAACCGAUUGGGCUUCGGCUAAGCGUAUCAUGGCCGAUGUGAAUUUCUUGAAACGCCUCUUUGAGUAUGAUAAGGAACACAUUAAGGAAGAUGUGCUCAAGAAACUAAAGAAAUAUAUUGAGCACAAAGACUUUCUGCCAGCGAAAUUGGAAAAGGUCAGCAAAGUUGCUUCGUCGGUUUGUAUGUGGGUUAUCGCUAUGGAUAAAUUCUCCAAAGUUUAUAAAGUGGUCGAGCCGAAAUUGAAGCGCAAGGAAGCGGCGGAUGCUGAGCUCAAAGCCAUCAUGACGGUACUCAAGCAGAAACAAAAGGAAUUAGCUGCUGUUGAAGCUAAAAUACAAGCGCUACAAGAAGACUUGGAGGAGAAAAAUCGUGAAUUUAAAACCAUACAAGACGCUGUCGACUUGACUUAUGGGCGCAUCAAUCGCGCUGGACGUCUAACGUCGGCGCUAUCAGAAGAGGAAAUACGUUGGAAAGAAACUGUGAAGACCCUAACACAAGAUCUGCAAUGUGUGCCGGGUGAUGUGUUGGUCUCAGCGGCUUGCGUCGCCUAUCUUGGCGCCUUUUCGACGGAGUAUCGCGACGAAAUGUGCACACAAUGGGUUGCCAAAUGUCAGGAGCAACAAAUACCUUCAAGCGGUGAAUUCUUUCUACUCAAAGUACUCGGCGAUCCAUACGAAAUGCGUCAAUGGACCAUGGAUGGCUUGCCCAAAGACACGGUUUCAAUUGAGAACGGUCUCUACGCUACGCGUGCACUACGCUGGCCACUUAUGAUCGAUCCACAAGAGCAGGCUAAUCGCUGGAUACGCAAUAUGGAAAAGGCAAACGGCCUUAUAGUAUGCAAAAUGACUGACGGCACUUUACUGCGUACGCUGGAAAAUGCUGUGCGCCAAGGAUUUCCGGUAUUGCUUGAAGAUAUUGACGAAAAUAUUGAUCCAUCGAUACGUCCGAUACUGCAACGCGAGACAUAUGUACAUGAAGGACGGGUCUAUUUGAAGUUGGGCGAUGUAGUUAUCGAUUACGAUCCACAUUUCAAGCUUUACAUGACUACGAAAUUAGCGAACCCCCAUUAUCUACCCGAGAUUUGUAUUAAUGUUACGUUGGUGAAUUUCUUGGUAACAGAAAGUGGUUUGGAGGAUCAACUGCUGGCUGAUAUCGUGGCCAUUGAACUACCGGCUAUGGAAGUACAGCGUAAUGAUCUCAUUGUCAAAAUAAACACAGACAAGCAGCAGUUAUUGGCUUUGGAGGAUAAGGUGCUCAAAUUGCUCUACAAUUCACAAGGAAAUAUUUUGGAUGACGAGGAGCUGGUUGAAACGCUCAAUGAUGCCAAGGAAACUUCAUUAAUUAUUGCCACUCGGCUCAUCGACACCGAAGAAACAGAGAAAGUCAUUACGGCCACACGCGAAAAGUACCGUUCGCUAGCUUCACGUGGCGCCAUACUUUACUUUGUUGUUGCCAGUUUGGCUGAUGUUGAUCCUAUGUACCAGUAUAGCCUUAAGUACUUCUCGCAAGUGUUCUGCAAUGUCAUACGUCAAGAUCAUCCGAAACAAACAAUCGAAGAACGCAUAAAUCAAUUAAAAUUAGAUGAGUUGAAGGCGAUUUUCGAAAAUGUUUCACGUGGCCUCUUCGAGAAUCAUAAGAUUAUAUUUAGUUUUCUGUUGGCGACGGCAAUCGAAAAACAAGAGGGUCGUAUAACACAAACCGACAUGAAUUUUCUGACACGCGGUCGUGUGGGCGCCGUGCCUUAUAAAGAGAAGCCAAGCAAUAUUUCACUAACAGAUGAAGACUGGGAAACUUGCCUAUUUUUGGAGGAAGAAUUGCCAGCAUAUUUCAAAGGCUUUCCGGCGGCGCUAAAUAAGCCUUUCUAUCUGGAAAUACUCAAAACCAGAGAGGUUUUCAACUUCACUACCUCAAGAGAACCACCAAUCGACACGUGGAACAAACGUUUAACAAUUUUUCACAAACUCAUGUUUAUACGCGUUUUCCGACGCGAGCGCUUUCUGCUACACGUUGUACUCUACUUAACGGCCACCGUUGGUAAAUACUUCACGGAAACGUCUGCGGCAGGCAGUCAACUUAAAACUGUUUUUGCAGAUACCAAUAGCAUCACACCUAUGGUCUUCGUACUCUCUACCGGCUCCGAUCCGAUGGCUGCUUUCCUCAAGUUUGCCGAUGAAAUGAAGUACAUGGAUAAAUUCUAUUCAAUCUCGCUGGGACAAGGACAAGGACCCAUUGCCGAGAGUUUGAUUGAGAAGAGCCUACGUUUGGGUCACUGGGUAUUCUUACAGAACUGCCAUUUGGCGACAUCGUGGAUGCGUCAGAUGGAAACUAUUGUGCGCAACAUCACUUUGGGCAUAAGCAAGGCGCAUGACGAUUUCCGUUUAUUCCUCUCGUCUAUGCCAACAAAGAGCUUUCCUAUCAGCGUGCUACAAAACUCAGUAAAACUAACAAAUGAGCCACCCAAGGGCAUUAAAGCCAAUGUUUUGGGUGCACUCAACGAUUUGGAAAGAACUUUCUUCGAAAAGCAUGCGCUACAUGCGAAGUGGCGUGCUAUCGUCUUCGGUCUAUGUAUGUUUCAUGCGGUCAUUUUGGAACGUCGCAAAUUCGGUCCACUCGGCUGGAAUAUUAUGUACGAAUUCAAUGAAAGUGAUCGUGAUUGUGGUCUAAAAACAUUGGAGUUUUUCAUAAAUCGUCAGAAAGUGGAAGAAAUUCCAUGGGAUGCAAUAUUUUAUAUAAAUGGCGAAAUCACAUGGGGUGGCCGUGUGACCGACUAUUGGGAUCAACGUUGUCUGAAAACCGUAUUGAAGACAUUUUCGUCACCGAGAAUUAUCGAACCAGGCUACAAAUACUCGCGUGGUGAUCCCUACUAUUGUGAUCCACAAAGAUUUACCGUUGAUGAAUACAUACAUUAUGUACAGAACUUUCCAACUAUUGAGGAUCCCGAGAUCUUUGGCAUGAAUCAAAAUGCAAAUAUUGUAUUUCAGACGAAGGAAACGAAUUUUUUUAUUAGCACACUGUUGUUGGGACAGCCACGCGCAGCGGCCGAUGAAGGACAAGCUGAGGAAAAUGAAACGGCGUUGGAUGUCAUUCGUUAUAUACAAGGCGUGCUGCUGACGAAGAUAAAGCGAGAUGAACUACACGAAUCACUGACAGUAUUGGACGCCAAGGGUCAAUUACCCUCCCUGACCACGGUGUUGGUGCAAGAGAUUGAUCGUUAUAAUAUUAGCUUGAAAGUGGUACACGACAGUCUCAUAAAUCUCGCUAAAGCUAUUAAAGGUCUUGUCGUGAUGUCCGAACAAUUGGAGGAAGUCUUCAAGGCUCUGCUCACCAAUGUAGUGCCCAAUUUAUGGGCUAAGAAAAGCUUUCUCUCCAUCAAGCCACUACCAAAUUACAUCACAGAUUUUCAGCGUCGCAUUGAAUUCAUACAAAAUUGGGCACGUAAUGGUGGACCACGUUCAUAUUGGAUUAGCGGUUUCUACUUUCCACAAUCUUUUCUCACCGGUUUACUGCAGACGCAUGCGCGUAAACGUGUGCUGCCCAUUGAUUCACUGAAGAUCGACUUUAAAGUCUUCGAUUGGGUUAUCAUACAGCAGGCGGUGUUUGAGCGCCGCGUUAGUGGAAAGGAUUUCGAAGCACUUUAUGGCUCACUACCUGAAUCGACUGAAGCUGGCGUCAAUGUGCAUGGUAUAUUUAUUGAGGCAGCACGUUGGGACUCGCAAAAGGGUGGUCUCUGGGAUGCCGAACAUGGCGAACUCUUUAGCCGUUUACCAGUUGUACGUUUUAUACCCUGCCUAUCCCUAACACCAGGUGAUCGUUAUGAUGCGCCACUCUAUAAGACCCAAGCACGUUCUGGUGUACUCUCAACAACUGGCCAUUCUACCAAUUUUAUACUCUCCAUAUUAUUGGAGAGCCGUAGUCCACCUGAUUUCUGGAUAUUACGCGGCACCGCAUUGGUUUCGGGCGUUGCAGAUAAUAUUUCAUGA